AUGGAUCGUUCGCGUUUGUACAAGAACAAGGAUAAGAGUGUUGAUGAACUCCGUAGGCGUCGUGUCGAUCAAUCCGUUGAGCUCCGUAGAGCGAAGAAAGAUGAACAACUGCAGAAGCGACGGAAUAUCCUCCUUACCGAGUUGGAUGAAACUUCUCCCCUAAAAGAGAAACAGGUUGCAACGCCUGACCAUGUUAACUAUGACUCAGUCAUACGUGACAUGCAAAGUCACGAUGAAAGUAUCAGGUUUCGUGCUGUGCAACUUUGUCGAAAAACAUUAUCACGAGCGAAGAAUCCUCCUAUAGAUGAGUUUUACAAACGAAAUGCUGUUUCUAUUCUCGUGUCUUCGCUCACUUCUUCCUCUGACUCCCUCGUCUUUGAAGCCACAUGGGCACUGACAAAUAUUGCAUCUGGAGAUACAGCUCACACGGCAGCCGUUGUUGAUGGUGGUGCUGUGCCAAAAUUGAUCGACCUCUUAAGCCAUCCUGCUAUCAAUGUGGCUGAACAAAGCGUUUGGGCCUUGGGAAAUAUUGCCGGAGAUGGGUCGAAAUUCCGGGACCUUUUGAUCAGUGCGGGCGUCUUGGCGCCAGUUCUGAGGUUGCUUGAGCGUGCAUGGGAUAUGGAAGGCGUUGUUUCAAACAUCGCCUGGGUCCUUUCAAACCUUUGCCGUAACCGCGACCCACCUCCCCCCUCCAAUGUCAUCAAGACCAUACUUCCUGUUCUCAAGCGGCUCUUGGUUUAUGAAAAAAACAAGGAAGUUGUGGUGGAUAGCGCCUGGGCUUUAGCAUAUGCCAGCGAUGCCGUCAACAAUAUUAUAGAUGACAUCCUGGACAGCGGUUGCGUCCAGCUCUUACUUCGCCUUCUGGCGUCGAGCUCGGCUAGUCACGUAUCUCCCGCCUUGCGGGCUAUUGGAAAUCUCGUCGUUGGGGAUGAUGCGCAAACACAAGUGGUCAUUGACCUCGGUUUGCUGCCUUAUAUCCCUUCAUUGCUGAACAGCGACAGGCCAAACAUCGUGAAAGAGACGUGCUGGCUUGUCAGCAAUAUAACUGCAGGAAACACUGAUCAGAUACAGAUGGUCAUCGACCAUAACAUCAUUCCGUGUGUUCUGGAUUUGCUGCACAAGGGUGAAUUCCGCGUUCAGAAGGAGGCUUGCUGGGUGGUUAGCAACAUGAUCAAUGGCGGAUCUGCCGAGCAGUGUGGCUACCUAAUGAACCAACGAGUUAUGCCUGCUAUCUGCAAUCUUUUGACGGUUUCGGAUGCUCGCGUCGUCAUUCUGGUCUUGGAAUCUCUUCGGAAGCUGUUCCAGAUUUCAGAGCAAUUCGGGCAGCUCGAAGUCGCGUGUAUUGAGUUAGAAACAUGCGGUGGUCUGGAUCAACUGGAGCAGUUACAGGAUCACGAGAACGAACAGGUGUAUACCUUUGCAUACGAGCUGAUUGAUCGGUACUUCAACGACAACGAUGAGUCCAAAGGUGAACAGUCUACUGAUCAGGUUGAAGCAGAUUCUACAAAUCCUGCGAUGGCAUCCACCUCUGCUCAAGAAUUUCAGUUUGUGGCACCCGAUCAGCAGCCCGGUGGAGCUGGGGAUUUCGAAUUUUAAUCAGAUACUUUUGCUUUUGCAUUCAAAUGCCUUUGCUAUUAGAGUUGCAAAUUACCUGUUUUAUUUGGACACCAGAUUGACGUAUUUUCCACGUGUUUAGAACGGAGGUUGUGCAUUUCGUGUGAAAUAAUAAACGAUCUUUGGG